CCAGCACAAGGACCAUCAGAGGAACUUUAGCAUGGAGUUACCUUGGUCCUGGUGGUCAGAUCAUAUCUGCGAGGGUUUUGGCAUGCCAGCCUUUUAAAAUUUCAUGUGCAAGUCUGACAGAGACGGCUGGAAUUUGCAGCUCUGGACUAUCAAGACUGCGCAAGGAAUCUGCCCUCGUUGGAUCCUCUGCGUACCUGGUGAGUACAAGAGGACAAGGAAGAAUAUGGACCUGCAUUCCAGUAACAUGGUGCUUGAUUUGACUACAGUGUCCCCAUCUUCUGUGAAGAGCAACCUGGUCUGUGGGGAUGGACACAACGGGACUAGAGGCUUUACAGACCACAUCCCUGAAAUUAUCAUUGAUAGCAUUACACUGCUUAUCUGCCUGUGUGGGCUGUUUGGGAAUGGGGCCAUCCUCUGGCUCCUUGGUUUCUGCAUCAAGAGGAACCCUUUCACUGCCUACUUCCUGAACCUGGCCAUUGCAGAUACCUUUUUUCUCCUCUGCACAUCUAUUUUCCUCAUAAUAUACCAUGUCCCCAUGCUCAGCUGUUUUCAGCCAGAGCUUUUGCAUGUGCUCCUGCCAUUUCACUCCAUGGUUCUGCUCACAUACAGCACUAGCCUGUAUCUCCUCACAGCCAUCAGUGUGGAGAGGUGUCUGGGUGUCCUCUGGCCCUUUUGGUGCCGAUGUCACCGCCCAAAGCUCUUGUCAGCAGUCAUUUGUGGCCUGCUCUGGGCCCUCGCCUGCAUGCUCUCUGGGCUUGUGUACUUUGUAUGUGAUUUGGGUCACUCCAAACACUGCUGGAUGGUUCUCGCAACCUUGUGCUUUCUCAAUUUUUGCCUUUUCACUCCCUUUAUGGUUCUUUCUAAUGUGAUCCUGCUCAUCAAGCUUAGGUAUAGCUCAUGGCAACAUCACCCGGGAAGGCUGUACACAGUUAUCUUCCUCGCUGUUUUCUUCUUCCUUCUCUUUGCCAUUCCACUUAGUGCUCAGAUCUUCCUCAACUUCUUUGUCUAUGUUAAGUUUGUCUUGGAGAGCUCCCUGUUGCUGGCAUCCAUCAACAGCAGCAUCAAUCCAGUUAUUUAUGUCCUAGUCGGGAGCUACAGAAAGUCCAGGUUCAGGGGAUCUGUCAAAAUUGCUCUUGAGAGGGUCUUUGAAGAUAAGACAGAUCCCCAAAUGGUGGGCGAGACCCCUGCAGAGGGAACUGCUACUUAAACCCCUACAGCAUCCACCCAUCCAGGCUGCAGACUGGCAUUUGGAGAGGGGCAGCCCAGUUACCACAUCCCUCAUCUGCAUCUAUGGGAGCUGAGUCCUCCCUGCGGCUGGGUGAACAGGAACCGCGGUGGAUUACAAAGUGUGUCACAUGGGACACAGCCAGACUCAAUGAGAC